GACAUAAACUAGUUUGAUUAGCGUGUUUAGUGCCGGACUCUAACUCUAAAAAGCCCUUACGUGUUUCGCUGUCGAAACCCCACCGCAGGAUAGCCGCCCCAUCAAUCGUCAGGCAACCCCUCAAUUAACCAACCAACCCACCGCUUCUCUCCCUCUUUAAUCGCUUUCAUAUUUCUUUAUUUGUUUUUUAAGCCACUCAACAACAAAUGCUCUCUUGUAUUUUCUUUAUCCCACGCCGACCACCACCACCGCGUUCUCUAUCCUUAUGUCAACCACCACCACUUCUCCUCUUCCUCAAUCCUCCUCCGCCACAGCCACACGGCGGGUACCUCCUCCGUGUUGGACUAAAGAGGAAACUCUGGCGUUGAUCGAGGCUUACAAGGAUAAGUGGUUCGCUCUUCGACGUGGGAACCUGAAAGCGUCGGAUUGGGAUACCGUGUCGGACGUCGUGUCCUCCGCUUCCGAUCCCGGGACCUUGAAAUCGUCUGUUCAGUGCCGACAUAAGAUCGAGAAGCUGAGGAAGCGUUACCGUGCCGAGAAGCAGCGGAGCCUAAAAAAUUCAGGCAAGUUCUCUUCGUCUUGGGACUUGUAUCCUCUUCUUGAUUCUAUGAAUUUUGCAUCAACGUCAGUUGCUGGAUCUGAUGAUAAAGAUCAUACUACUGAUCAUAAAGCCACUGUAAUUGGCGGGUUUUGCUUGAAAUCCAGGAAGCGUGAAAAUAUGAUGGGAAUUCUGGGUCUAACUAGGUUUGAUCUUGAAUAUAGAGGUGGGUAUGAUUCAAGUUUUAAUUUUGAUGACAAAUUGGGAAGUGGGUAUGGGGCGAAAUGGCAUGAAAAUGAGGAUUUUGUGGCGAAAGGAAUUAAAAAUUUUAAGAGUAACGGUAGAAUUGGCGAUGGUUAUGGUUCUAUGGUUGAUUUUGAUCGUAGUUUUGCUCAGGAUGUCGAUAGUGUUGGAGAGUUUCCUCUUAAGACCUUAGGUGAUAGGAGUUUUUUGAACGUGGGAUUCAAACCAAAGAAUUAUGGUUGCCCUAAUCUUGAUUAUGAUUAUGAUAAUGACUCAAGCGAUGAAGAGAUGGCGUUUCGAGCAAGAGAUUCAAGUAAUUGGGAUUCAGUGCCUAAAACUUUUCAUCAAAAGAAAUGUGGUAGAGUUGAUUGGAACUCAGAACCAGGUGGUGGCUUUGGGGGUUUGAAUGGAGUUGCUUCUUGUUCAAGGCAAGGACUUGGGAGAAAGAAUGCUAGUGCCAAAGUCAAGAGGGGUGUGGAUCCGGUUGAUGAGAUGGUUUCCUCGAUUAAGUUGUUGGCUGAAGGGUUUGUGAGGAUGGAGAAGAUGAAGAUGGAGAUGGUGAAGGAGAUUGAGAAGACGAGAAUGGAGAUGGAGUUGAAGCACAACGAGAUGAUACUCGAGUCCCAACAAAAGAUCAUGGAUGCAUUUUCCAACGCAUUGUCUUCGAAAAAGAAGAAGAGGAAAAGGAAACCGUCCUCUAUGUUCCCUAAUACGAAAGGAAAUGGGGUUGAAGAAUGGCAAGAAGAUGCUUUGAUUAAGAAAGAAAAGUAGAUAUUGUGUCACCUAGUGUUGGGAUAAUUUAGUUUACUUUCAUAAUUACAUUUGCAUUAUCUUUUUAAGCUUGCCAAAUGUUCUUAAAAACAAUGCAACUUAGGUCGAUUCUCGUUUUUCUAAUUCGAAAUUAAGAGGAACUUAGAUUGAUUGUCUCUCAUUACUUGCAUA